CAAGCAGGAAAAUUUUUCAUUAUCAAAAGACUAUAAAAAGAGAGAAAAAAAGAAAAGAAAAAGAAAAGGGUAAUGAACGAAAACGGUCUGUGAGUUUGUGUAGAUACAUGCAUCAAGUAUGACAGGCAAUGAAGAACAGUUGAGGCAUUCAAUAGGCAGAGUCUCUCUCAUAGAAUUGAAGUGUAAGUGGGGGUAGUUAAACCGUAAUAGGAAUCGUGAACUCUGCUCUGUGUGUUGUUCUGUUUUUCAAAGAAGAAAAAUCUGUACCUACCUCUUCAUUCACUUCUCUUCUUGUUUUGUACUCAUCGCCAAUUUUGUUCUCUCCUUACUUAAAACCAAACAAAUUAUUGGGCGGACUCUCCAACCCAAUUCCCAUUUCCAGAAAAAACCCAAAUUUCUUUGUUAACUCCUUCCACCUUGCAUUUGAUUUUCUCUCUCUCUCUCUCUCUCUCUCUCUCUCUCUCUCUCUCAUCACUGACAACCCAAAGUUCUCUCUCUGUAUCUAUAUCUAUCUACCAAGGCAUUCUUGUUUCAAAGAAAGCGGGAGAGAGAAAGUAGAGGGAGAGAGAGAGAGAGAUAUGGCAGGCAUUGCUGGUACUUGUUCUUCUUCGAGUUUGAUCUUCAGAACAAAAGAAUCAGGGACCAGUCUGCUUCAGUACAAUGGGCUCAGAGCACUUGAGACCAAGCAAGUGGCUUCAACCGGGUCUAAGACAAAUGGGUUCAUUUCCGCUUCAGCUCCAAAAUGGAGAAGAAUCAAAGCCGUGGCCACUCCAACAGUUUCAGCUCCCAAGAGAGAGAAAGACCCGAAGAAAAGAAUUGUCAUAACAGGAAUGGGACUUGUUUCAGUUUUUGGCAAUGAUACUGAUACAUUCUAUAAUAAACUUCUUGAAGGAGAGAGUGGAAUCAGCCUAAUCGACAGGUUUGAUGCUUCGAACUUCUCUGUCCGGUUUGGGGGUCAAAUUCGUGAUUUCUCUUCCAAAGGUUACAUUGAUGGCAAAAAUGAUCGCCGCCUUGAUGACUGCUGGAGGUACUGUUUGGUUGCUGGAAGGAGGGCCCUUGAUGAUGCCAGCCUUGGAUCCCAAGUCCUUGAAAAUAUGGACAGAACAAAAAUUGGAGUUCUAGUGGGGACUGGUAUGGGAGGCUUAACAUCUUUCAGCAAUGGAGUGGAAGCUCUCAUUCAAAAGGGAUAUAAGAAGAUUACUCCAUUUUUCAUUCCUUAUUCCAUAACCAAUAUGGGGUCAGCAUUGUUAGCUAUAGAUACUGGCUUAAUGGGGCCCAAUUACUCGAUCUCAACAGCUUGUGCCACUGCAAAUUAUUGCUUCUACGCUGCUGCAAAUCACAUUAGAAGGGGAGAAGCAGACGUUAUGGUAGCUGGGGGGACCGAGGCAGCUGUCAUGGCUACCGGGGUUGGUGGAUUUAUAGCUUGUAGGGCCUUAUCUCAAAGGAAUGAUGAACCCCAGAAAGCUUCAAGGCCGUGGGAUAAAGAUCGUGAUGGUUUUGUUAUGGGAGAAGGCUCUGGUGUGCUGAUUAUGGAGAGCUUGGAGCAUGCAAUGAAAAGAGGAGCCAACAUAAUUGCAGAGUAUUUGGGAGGUGCCGUAACAUGUGAUGCUCAUCACAUGACUGAUCCUCGAUCAGAUGGCCUUGGAGUUUCCUCUUGCAUAACAAAGAGUUUAGAAGAUUCUGGAGUUUCUCCCGAAGAGGUGAAUUAUGUUAAUGCUCAUGCAACAUCAACCCUCGCUGGAGAUUUGGCUGAGGUUAAUGCCAUCAAGAAGGUCUUUAAGGACACGUCCGAGAUGAAGAUGAAUGGGACUAAGUCAAUGAUUGGACAUGGCCUUGGAGCUGCUGGUGGAUUGGAAGCCAUUGCAACUAUAAAAGCAAUCACUACUGGAUGGCUACAUCCAACCAUUAACCAAUAUAAUUUGGAGCCUGAAGUAACAAUUGAUACAGUUCCCAACGUGAAGAAACAGCACGAAGUUAAUGUUGGUAUCUCUAAUUCCUUUGGCUUUGGUGGGCACAAUUCGGUGGUUGUUUUCGCUCCUUUCAAGCCCUAAAUGAAUAGCAAGAAAAUUAGUUUCUUUCCUAAACUAUUUUCCUUUACAUCGGCUGAUUUUGGAAUCAUAUGCUUGCCUGUUGCAUAAUUGGGAGAAUUUUAGUUUAAGAAUCAUCUGUGACGGGAUGUAGCCCUUUCACCAUUUUCAUUUCGUCUCAUAAUGUGUUUGAUGAGAUCAAAUUAAUGGUCUAUCAAUGAAUAAAAUGUCUCAUGCAAUUUUUUCC